AUGCUCACACCCCGCAGCGUCCCGCGCGAGGCCCCGCCCGGCGGCCCCGCCAAGUUUACCGCCAGCGACGCAGAGGACCUGCUGGCCGGCGUGCAGAGGGUGUUCGUGCUGCCGCCCAGCGCCACCGCGGACGCCGACGCGCCCGACGCCGGCGGCAGCGGCUCGGGAUCGGUCGCGGGAUCGGGCGGU